UCGCUACCAUCACACAGCAAAAAAGUGAGAAAAGUGAAGCAAAACAACAAACAAGCGAGAUCACCCGUGACACUGCAGCGAGCCUCUCCGUCCAUCUCCGGUUCUCCACCUCACCUGGGCACGCAAGCUUCGAUGGCAGCCACGGUGAUGGCCUCCAUGAGCUCCCUCGCCUUCACCACCGCCGGCGCGCGUGCCGGCGCCCUCCCCGUCCGCGUCCCGGCGGCCGCUGCGCUCGCGCCGCGGCGGCGCGCCAUGGUCGUCAGGGCCCAGGCCGAGGACGCCGAGCCAGCAGCUGAGGAGACAACCGCGGCGCCCUCCACUCCCCUGACGGCGAAGCCCAAGGCGGCGGCGGCGAGGCCCGGGCUGUGGGACGCGCUGGCGUUCAGCGGGCCGGCCCCCGAGCGCAUCAACGGGCGGCUCGCCAUGGUGGGCUUCGUGUCCGCGCUCGCCGUCGAGGCGUCCCGCGGCGGGGGCCUCCUCUCGCAGGCCGGGAGCGGGUCAGGGCUCGCCUGGUUCGCGGCCACGGCCGCCGUGCUCUCCGUGGCGUCGCUGGUGCCGCUCCUCAAGGGGGAGAGCGCCGAGGGCCGGAGCGGCGGCGUCAUGAGCGCCGACGCCGAACUCUGGAACGGCCGCUUCGCCAUGCUCGGGCUCGUCGCGCUCGCCGUCACCGAGUACAUCACCGGCGCGCCCUUCGUCAACGUGUAAAUACGGGCGCACGCUAUUGUACGGGGCUACGGGCACGUGUAGCUGUGUAGUAGAGAGGGUAGUGUAAACCUUUGGCUAGGACACUCUGCGCAGGACUCCUUUGUAAAACACUUCCGUUUAAACGGUCAUGUAAAAUUGUUGAUCUGAAAUGAGUAAAUGACUUUAUUUGCGACAUAAA